AUGAAGAAGCAAGUUUGUUCAAGUGCUCUCUUUGUCUCUUUUCUUUUUCUUGCUACAUUAUGUUUAAGCAUUGAAGCUCAGACUUGCAAGCCUAGUGGCAACAUCAGAGGGAGAAAGCCUCCUCCAAACCAAUGUAAUCAGGAGAAUGACUCCGAUUGCUGUGCAGAUGGCAAGCUUUACCCCAUUUUCAAGUGUUCACCUCGAGUGACCGGCCGCACAAAAGCAACCUUAACAUUGAACAGCUUUGAGAAGGGUGGAGAUGGCGGAGCACCGUCAGAAUGCGACAACCAUUACCACUCAGACGAUACACCUGUGGUGGCACUUUCAACUGGAUGGUAUAAUCAUGGGAAUCGAUGCUUAAACUUCAUAAAUAUCCACGGAAAUGGUAAGAGUGUCAGGGCUAUGGUAGUUGAUGAGUGCGACUCUACGAUGGGAUGUGAUUCUGACCAUGACUACCAGCCUCCUUGUGCUAACAACAUCGUGGAUGCCUCGAAAGCAGUUUGGAAAGCAUUGGGAGUGCCUGAAAGCGACUGGGGAGAAAUGGAUAUUUACUGGUCUGAUGCUUGAUUCACCCUUUUCUGUUUUCUGCGGUAAUUUGUUGUGGCAUCAGGUUGAUCCAGGCCCUA